CCUGCUUUUGGAUAUUACCUCAGGAGACUCCACAGUUUUUCAUUAGUGAGGACUGGAAUGUGAACAAAGUAACACAGCCAAGUAACCAGACAAGAGGUGAACAAAACUAUGAUUUUUUCCCUAAUUUCUAAACUGCACAACAUCAGGAUUUCUCACUAGCGCCCAGAAUACUGACUCUUUCGGCCUGGCCUGUUGGGACGCUUUUUGGGACCAAUGCAGCCCCCUCCUCAGUUCCUCACUGUCAGUGCCUGUGCGUGGGUCAGCAGUUUUUGCCGCUUUCGGGGUGUUGGAACCAGUGAAAAUUUGGACGUGCUGGAAAAGAUGUCAGUCAGCGUCCAUGAAAACCGCAAGUCCAGGACAAGCACAGGCUCCAUGAAUAUUUCGCUCUUCCACAAGCCCUCUCAUCCAGACAGUGUGCUCACCCACCUCAAUACCCUGCGCAAACAGUGCAUGUUCACUGAUGUGACACUAUGGGCAGGCGACCGUUCCUUUCCCUGUCACAGAGCUGUGCUUGCCGCUUGCAGUCGCUACUUUGAAGCCAUGUUUAGCGGUGGCCUCCGUGAGAGCCUUGACAAUGAGGUUAACUUUCGAGACAGUGUUCACCCAGAAGUUCUGGAGCUGCUGUUGGACUUUGCUUACUCCUCACGUGUCAUCAUCAACGAGGAGAACGCAGAGUCACUUUUAGAGGCUGGAGAUAUGCUGCAGUUUCAUGACAUCCGUGAUGCAGCAGCAGAAUUUUUAGAGAAGAAUUUGCAUGCGUCAAACUGCUUAGGGAUGAUGCUGCUUUCCGACGCCCAUCAAUGCAAGCGCCUUUAUGAACUGUCGUGGAGGAUGUGCCUCAUCCACUUUGAGACUCUUCGAGACACUGAAGACUUCUGCGGGCUCUCGAAAGACAAGCUUUUGGAUCUCAUCCUUAGCGAUGAGCUGGAGGUUGAAGAUGAACAAAUUGUGUUCAAUGCAGUCAUGCGCUGGGUUAGGUAUGACCUAGACAGCCGCAGAGACUACCUUCCUGAACUGCUGCGAGGACUACGCCUUGCACUGCUACCCUCAGAAUGCCUCAUUGAGGCUGUGGCAUGUGAGGAACUUGUGAUGUCAGAUAAAAGGAGCCGACAGAUUGUGGAUGAGGCCAUGCAGUGCAAGAAAAAGAUUCUGCAGAAUGACGGCGUUGUCACCAGCCCAUGCGCUAGGCCUCGCAAAGCUGGGCACACGCUGCUCAUUCUUGGCGGUCAGACAUUUAUGUGUGAUAAGAUCUACCAAGUGGAUCAUAAAGCAAAAGAGAUCAUCCCUAAAUCGGAUCUUCCCAGUCCCAGGAAGGAGUUCAGUGCAUGUGCCAUUGGCUGCAAAGUUUAUGUGACAGGAGGAAGGGGGUCGGAAAAUGGGGUGUCAAAGGAUGUUUGGAUAUAUGACACGGUACAUGAAGAAUGGUCGAAAGGUGCCCCUAUGCUAAUUGCACGUUUUGGACAUGGCUCAGCUGAACUUGAAAACUGCCUUUAUGUUGUUGGGGGUCACACUGCUAUAGCAGGUGUCUUCCCAGCCUCCCCAUCAGUAUCUCUUAAACAGGUUGAGCGGUAUGACCCUCUGACCAACAAAUGGACAAUGAUGGCACCACUUAGGGAUGGUGUCAGCAAUGCAGCAGUGGUCAGUGCCAAGCUAAAACUCUUUGUGUUUGGUGGAACAACCAUACACAGGGACAAGGCUUCAAAGGUCCAGUGCUAUGACCCUGUUGAGAACCGUUGGACUAUAGCUGCCGAAUGCCCACAACCUUGGAGAUACACCGCCGCCGCUGUCCUUGGCAGUCAGAUAUUCAUAAUGGGUGGUGAUACAGAGUUCACCGCAGCGUCCGCUUACCGAUUUGAUUGUGAGACCAAUCAAUGGACACGUGUUGGUGACAUGACUUCUAAAAGAAUGAGUUGCCAUGCUGUGGCCUCUGGUAAUAAACUCUACGUGGUUGGCGGAUACUUUGGUACACAGCGGUGUAAAACCCUGGAUUGCUAUGAUCCAACAUCAGAUAGCUGGAACAGUAUCACUACCGUGCCUUAUUCAUUGAUUCCAACUGCAUUUGUUAGUACCUGGAAACAUCUUCCUGCCUAGAUGCCUCCAAUUGAAGUGUAUGGAUCUGAUCUGGGUGACCUGGUCUUCUAACCACACUGAAUGGACGACAGCAGGGCUGGAUUGUCAUUGGCUGGCUUGAAACACCUCUGCUGGGUGAGUGUGGUGUGGCUGCGGUCGGUCACGGCCACUCUCGAAAACAAACCAUCUAUCCACUGCUGAGAGGAGCCACAGAGAUGAACUGAAAAAUCUCCAGAAGAGAGGCCACAAAGGCCUUCUCCCUACAGCACAACGCUAACUCAUGCCAUGCUUUUUCAUUGCCAAAUCAGAGGCAAAAGGACACAAUACACUCUUACGCCAAUAACUACUCUUUGGAAACUCUUUUGCAAUCCAUCGAGGUCAAGAACAUUCCAGUGAACUAUGAUAAAUGACAACUAAAGCAUGAUUUCACUUCGUGAAACUUUCUUCUUCACUUUGAUUGGCAGUACAGCAUGUUCGUGUUGCUUCCAAAACGCCUUACAGACACUGCGUUUAAAACAAAACAUCUGAAACAUCUACAGAAAUGCAGAACAUCCCCAUGGGAAAGUGCAAGUUUACUCAAGCAGGAUGUAAAAUGCCUGUGGUUAUUCUAUUUAAGUAUCUGUGAAAUGGAUUUUAACCUGGAACUUGUAUAGAUUCUACAGCACAAUGUACUAUCAAGGACUUCCUCUCGUUUUAAGAUUUCUUGAAGGUUUAAACAUUUGAUAAAUGCAUUUAAUUUAUGUGUUUGUGACUAAACAAAGCAGUAAAGGGAAAAAUUGCACAUGAUGAGUACAUGAUGGAUGAUGAGGGUGUUGAUGUUGGAUACCAUUUUCCUUUGUAAUUGAAUGCUGGAUAAUCUUAAAAGAAAUUAUCUGGGUUUAAUACAAGUUAUUCUCUGUCGACAGCCUUUGUGGCAUAAUGUUGAUGAAUUUCAACUAGUUCACCUUUCGGUUUAAAAAAUGCAAAACAAUUGCAUGGGUUCCAGUGAGGUACUUACAAUGGGGCCAUUUUAUAAACACUAAAAUUCUCACUACUUUAAUAGUACAGUCACAAGACGUAAAUGUGCAUGUUAAAAUGAUUUGUGUAAAUAACUUUGUUGAAUUUUGUAAAGCCCUAAAAAAAACAAUUUAAACUGCUCUAGUUAAAUACACAUUUUAACAACAAUAAAAUGUGUGCAUAUAUGGUAAAAUACGCUCGCAUAUUUCUGCUUCUACAUCCAUACACCUAGUCCCCAUUUUAAAUGCCUAACUGUAACAUCCAUUUUUGCUCAUUUUUAAAGAGUUAGAAGUUUUUUCCCAAAGGACCCAUAAGACCUUCGUUCAUCUUCAGAGCACAAAUUAAGAUAUUUUUAAUGAAAUCCGAGAGCUUUCUGACCCUGCAUAGAUAGCAAUGCAACUGACACGUUCAAGGCCCAAAAGGUUAGUAAGGACAUUGUUAAAAUAGUCCAUGUGACAUCAGUGGUUCAACAGUAAUUUUAUGAAGCUACAAGAAAAGAAAACAAAAAUAAUGACUUAAUUCAAUGAUUUCUUCUCUUUCCUGUCACGACACGUGCAUGUCCUUACUACAUUUCUGGGUCUUAAACGUGGCAGUUGCAGGGUCAAAAAGUUCUCAAAUUUCAUCAAAAAUGUCUUCAUUUGUGUUCCAAAGAUAAACAAAGGUGUAACGGGUUUGGAACCACAUGAGGGUGAGUAUUUGAUAACAAUUUUCAUUUUUGGGUGAUCUAACCCUUUAAAGAAAAGGAGUGACAAGUCAUUUUUAUCCCUAAUUGAUUGAGUUUAAUUAGUAUUGAACCCAGCAAAUUUCUUUCAGAAUAACCAUUAUUGUUGAAGGUUGGUUUUAUUGCUCACUUACAGUCUUAAAGCUCUUGAAUUUGAAUUGUGUUUUGGGGGGAGUUUAUCUUCUGUAGUAAAUGACUCCCUGCUAAAUAUUUCCAUUUGAAGGGGACUUUCUGGGAUUAUGCAGCAGAUCCCAAAGGCGUCCUUGUGAACUGAAUUCCUGGUGCCUAAUACUGGUAGAUGUUUGUUGCUCAUUCAGUCAGUUGAAGGGUUUGAAUAAAUGAUUUUUGAUGCUUGCA